AUGAAUAAGAUUAAAAAUAACCAUAGAAGAGCUUUAUCUAAUAACGAUUUUUAAUUAAUCUUAUCUUCUUAAAUUUCAGAAUUACUUGAAGAUAAUUCACAUAAAUACUUAAUUAAGAAUUAAAGCUUUGGUAAUAUGCUCUUUUAAAUCCCUGAAUAAACUGAUGUAGUAUCAUCAACUGAAUAAUCAUUACAAUCUGCCAAAAAGACUCUCAUUAUGGAAUAAAAUACCAAAUAAAAUUACUCUCAAGAAUAAAAGGAAAAUCUUAAAAAUUAACCUUCUGGUUCAAAUCUUAUUUCAUAAAUAUAAUAUAUGAUUAAAGGCAAUCAUCCAAUUAAAGAAAUUACCCAAAAAACAUUAAAUAGUGAAAGAUAAGAUUAAAAUAAACAUCUUAGUUUUACUAAUGAAUUACUAAAAAAACAUAACUAAUUAAUUUCAUCGUCAAAUAAUAAAAAUAAUUGUUCUAGUCUAACACCAGAAAGAAAAAGACCUGAAUUAAAUACUAGUAAAUUAAAUAGUCAUAAAUAAAAAUCUAAUCAAAUUGAAAAAUCUAAAAUUGAUUUAUCAAAUUCUUUAUUCAAUACUCUACUUAAGGCUGAUAGUAAAAAGAAACUUAAUAUUGAAUAAUAAGAAUCAUAUAGAAGAAUCGAACUCUAAAUGAAUAAAAUAUAAAAAGAUAUUAAUACUAUUAAAAAUAGAUAAGAUUAAUUAGAUCUAUUUAACAGAAAUUUAUAAAACCAAUUAUGUGAUUUCAUGACUCAAAAUUAAAAACAACAAGAUGUAAUUUAUAAAUCCAAGAUUUUAGUAUGGUUAUCAAUCACUCCAAAAACUUGAGUAAUUAGAAUAAAUUACAAGAAGAAAUGAAGAAUCCAUCUAACUUAUUAAAUAAUAAUUAAUCAUUGAAUAGCCUAACAAUUUUCUUAAAGGAAAUGAAAAUAUUAUCAAUUUUGGGUAUCAUUCUUAUUUUUCUAUAUUUAGAAAUCUCACCUCUUAUAAACAAGAAAGUGAUUCAUAUAAAAAGCAUACUUAUUUAAAAAGUAAUAAUAAACUAUGA